AUGGAGCACGUAUUGGAGGAGCUAUCGCGGGACUCGGACAACAAUAGCAAGGAGCACGCGGUCAGUGGUGGGGAAGGUCGUUCAUCCCGUGAUUCAUGGGGAUUUUCAACCUGGCGUGGAACUUUAUCUGCUUUCUCCAAGAGCUUUGAGCUAAGGGUGGGACUGGAGAUCUCCUCCCUUGAAGACAUAAUGCCUGAAUCUUGGCCAAGGGAACUAAAACUUGUGCCUAGGAACUAUCCCGCUGGGCAGAUCAUGACAGAAUACCUUCAGACUCUCGGCGUCUCCGUCUGCCUCGUCCGCCCGCCCAAGCCGGAGACGAGUCAAAUGCAACAAUUCCGGACAUUCAUGGAACUGUUGCGAGCGCGAAAUAAGUAUGUUCUUAGUACAUGGCCAUCCCCUGAGCUCAAUAUCGACCAAUUCAACCUCUUGAUCUAUGCACUACCAAACGGGAAAUUACGGGGCGCAUUCUUCAUAACUCAGUCCAAGCACGACACGGACCAGGGGCAGUCACUUAUGCCACGGAUAACCGCCUUUGAUCAUGAUGUGCAGCAAUUGCAGAAUAUAUCACAUACACAUCCUGAUGAUAUUGCGCGGCUUAUGUGUGCUUUAGUUGUGGGGGAGCCGGGGCAAGAGAAUAACUAA